UAGCCGGCGUCCGGUCCGACCCGGUCCCGAGCUCGGCGGCCUAAGGAUGGGGCAGUAGCCGAGGACGCCGAGGUUAACGUUUCUGGGCUGUGUUCUGUGAUGCUUGAUUGACCCUUGAAGUAAUGUAGACAGAAGUUCUCAAAUAUGUUUCUUAUUAUAACCACUGGACCCAGCACUGUAUCUUCAUGUUCACUUAAAUAAGAACUUGCCUAAGAAAGAGAAUGGGAGUCUGCCUAAACAAAGAUGACUUUCUCAGAGACUUGAAGCGGAUCGGUCUCUGUCUUCUGAUAGUGUUUGUGGUCGUUGUGGUAGGCACGGAUCAGAAUUUUUACAGUUUACUCGGAGUAUCUAAAACUGCAAGCAGUAGAGAAAUAAGACAAGCCUUUAAGAAAUUAGCACUGAAGUUGCAUCCUGAUAAAAACCCGAAUAACCCAAAUGCACAUGGUGAUUUUUUAAAAAUAAAUAGAGCAUAUGAAGUCCUCAAGGAUGAAGAUCUGCGGAAGAAGUAUGACAAAUACGGGGAGAAGGGACUUGAAGAUAACCAAGGAGGCCAGUAUGAGAGCUGGAGCUACUACCGCUAUGAUUUCGGUAUUUACGAUGAUGAUCCUGAAAUCAUAACAUUAGAAAGAAGAGAAUUUGAUGCUGCUGUUAAUUCUGGAGAACUGUGGUUUGUAAACUUUUACUCCCCGGGAUGUUCACAUUGCCACGAUUUAGCCCCCACUUGGAGAGAGUUUGCUAAGGAAGUGGAUGGGUUACUUCGCAUCGGAGCUGUCAACUGUGGCGAUGACCGGAUGCUCUGCCGGAUGAAAGGGGUCAGCAGCUACCCCAGCCUCUACAUCUUCAGGUCUGGAAUGGCUGCAGUGAAGUAUAACGGAGACCGGUCAAAGGAAAGCUUGGUGAGCUUCGCCAUGCAGCAUGUCCGGAGCACAGUGACGGAGCUGUCCACAGGGAAUUUUGUUAACGCCAUAGAAACUGCUUUUGCUGCUGGUAUCGGCUGGCUGAUCACGUUUUGUUCUAAAGGAGAAGAUUGUUUGACUUCGCAGACACGACUCAGGCUCAGUGGCAUGUUGGACGGUCUUGUCAGCGUGGGAUGGGUGGACUGUGACACCCAGGACAGCCUCUGCAAGAGUUUGGACGUCACAGCGAGUACCACUGCUUAUUUUCCUCCCGGAGCCACUUUGAAUAACAGAGAAAAAUCCAGUGUUUUGUUCCUUACUUCAUUGGAUGCUAAGGAAAUAUACAUGGAAAUCAUACAUCAUCUUCCAGACUUCGAACUGCUUCCAGCAAAUAAACUAGAGGAUCGUCUGGCGCAUCAUCGCUGGCUCGUGUUUUUUCAUUUUGGAAAAAAUGAAAAUGUAAAUGAUCCUGAAUUGAAAAAACUGAAAACUCUGCUUAAAAAUGAGCAUAUUCAAGUUGGAAGGUUUGACUGCUCCUCUGCACCGGGCAUCUGCUCUGAUCUCUACGUUUUCCAGCCCUGUCUAGCAGUGUUUAAAGGACAAGGAACCAAAGAGUAUGAGAUCCAUCAUGGAAAGAAGAUUCUAUACGAUAUACUUGCUUUUGCCAAAGAAAGUGUUAAUUCCCAUGUUACCACGCUUGGACCUCAGAACUUCCCUGCAAGUGACAAGGAACCAUGGCUUGUUGACUUCUUUGCCCCGUGGUGCCCGCCCUGUCGAGCUCUUUUGCCAGAGUUACGGAAGGCAUCAACGCUGCUCUAUGGCCAGCUCAAAGUUGGCACACUAGACUGCACAGUUCACGAAGGACUCUGCAGCAUGUAUAACAUCCAAGCUUAUCCAACGACAGUGGUAUUCAACCAGUCCAGCAUACAUGAGUAUGAGGGGCACCACUCUGCAGAACAAAUCUUGGAGUUCAUAGAGGAUCUGAGAAACCCUUCAGUGGUCUCUCUGACACCCACCACUUUCAAUGAGCUAGUCAAACAGAGAAAGCAUGACGAAGUCUGGAUGGUCGAUUUCUAUUCUCCGUGGUGCCAUCCCUGUCAGGUUCUCAUGCCAGAGUGGAAACGAAUGGCCCGGACAUUAACUGGACUGAUCAGUGUGGGCAGUGUGGACUGCCAGCAGUAUCAUUCUUUCUGUACCCAAGAAAAUGUUCAGAGAUAUCCCGAGAUAAGAUUUUAUCCCCAAAAGUCAAAUAAAGCUUAUCAGUACCAUAGUUACAACGGCUGGAAUAGGGACGCUUACUCCCUGAGAAGCUGGGGGCUCGGAUUUCUGCCCCAAGCGUCCACAGAGUUAACACCUCAGACUUUCAGUGAGAAGGUUUUAGAGGGGAAGACUCACUGGGUGGUUGAUUUCUAUGCUCCUUGGUGUGGACCUUGCCAGAACUUUGCUCCAGAGUUUGAACUCUUGGCUAGGAUGAUCAAAGGAAAAGUGAAAGCUGGGAAAGUGGACUGCCAGGCUUACCCUCAGACAUGCCAGAAAGCUGGCAUCAAAGCCUACCCAAGUGUUAAAUUUUACCGCUAUGAAAGAUCAAAGAAAAGUAUUUGGGAAGAGCAAAUAAAUUCUAGAGAUGCAAAAACUAUUGCUGCCUUAAUUUAUGGAAAAUUGGAAACUCUCCAAAGCCAAGGAAAGAGAAACAAGGAUGAGCUUUGAUGAUGUUGAAGAAAAAAGAAUCUGGAAAACAACAUCGGAAGAUCCGUUUUCCAAACGUUAGGAUGCUCUUGAGGAAGCAGACGCAGUGACCUUGGCCUUGCCGUUGCCCUGUGCUCCUCUGGCUGCCACAGCCUGCGGACACUUCCUGUCUGGGACCUGGGACGGAGGCCACACUCCGGUUCUUAGCUGCCUCUCUGUUGUUGUUGUUGUUGUUAAUCCCUUUAGAAUGCACACACCAUUCUUAGCUCAGGGCCAGACAGGAGUGUUCCCUGGGCCACGUGCAGGCCAGGCACUGGUUCUCUGGCUACCAGGCUGAUGUUUGUGCAUCUGUUACAUUCUGUCUGUACAGAGUGGACAUGGGUUUCUACUGUGAUCUUACGAUGGUCCUGACAGAAAGUGACUUGGUUUUCCGUCACCCCUUCUACAAAUUCUGCCUUUGACCACAUAUUUUAUUUUGACUACUUUCACAAUGCGGCAAAAUAAAAGCGCACCCAUUUUUCAUACUGUGUACUAGUGUAUAUACAGAGGUUCUCCUUUUGUUUUCUUGUAAGAAUUGGAGAGAUAUUCUUAACACAACAGUGAAUGUAAAACUUGUAAACUAUGAUUCUAGAACAAAGUAACGAAAGUAUCUACAGCAGUUAGACAGCAUCAGAGUCCCCGUGUCUUCACGAGCACACAUUCGUUUGCUUGUUUUCAUAAAUGUGUUCCUGCUGACAGUUUGGUUUGUGUUGUUUGUGGUGUCUCCUGAUGUUUACACAUUUUCCUCUGGGGUCUCUGUUCUCAUCAUUCACAUUGAUUCCUUCUCCUGUCCAGUCUUCACUGUUCAUAUAGGAACAGUAAUUUUACAUUUAUUUUAACGUGGCUCAUGGUGGUACUGUUCCUUGGUUAUUCCUGUCAAAUGAUGUCUUUUUCAGUAAAGAAUUGCCAUAGCAACUGCAGUUAUUUUUACUGAAAUCAAGCACAUGAUGGACUCUCUCCAUUUCUCAGUUUGGACUAAAGGGCCACAAGGUUUCUCCUGCGACUCCAAACCCUGAGUGCCCUAUGUUUUAAUUCUCAGAGUGUGUGGGAUGGUCACAGGACACCAGGGAAUAAAGUCAAAUGAUUUUU